GUCAACUUGAUUCCUCAAGAUCAACCAGAAGAUAUCUAAGCAACAGUUGCAUCAGUGGUAGAACAGCUACGCAAGAAAGAUGCAGACAAUGGUCAUGAGAUUGCCAUGAUACUGGAAGGAAAAAUUAAUAGAAAAGUUGUCAAGACUACAGUGAUGACUGUUGUGUACGGUGUUACAUGGAUCGGGGGACGAUUGCAAAUUGAAAAACAAAUUGAUGGUCAUGUGCCAGAUGACCAGCUCUGGAACUGUUCUAACUAUCUGGUAGGGAAUGUAUUUGCUUCUCUGAGGGAGUCCUUUGCCAACGCUCGGUUCAUUCAAGAUUGGUUGGCGUCCAGUGCCCGUAAAGUGUCUCUGGCUGGACGACCAAUGGAAUGGAUCACUCCUCUGGGCCUACCCGUAGUGCAGCCCUACCACAAGCAAGCCAUGAAACAGGCUUAUGUGAAGUUACAGUCUGUUGCUCACACCACCUCCUCUGACUUCACUACACCCCCUGACACCAGACGGCAGAAGAUGGGGAUGCCCCCUAAUUUCGUCCACUCAAUUGACUCCAUCCACAUGAUACUCACCUCCCUACACUGUCACAGGGCUGGUGUUCCAUUUGUUGCUGUUCAUGAUAGCUACUGGACACACCCCUGCUCUGUGAAUAAGAUGAACCAGUUCUGUAGAGAGCAGUUUGUGGCGCUCCAUGAAGAGCCAAUACUGGAGGACCUGGCUGAUGCCUGGGAGGAGAAGUAUGGAGGACUAGAGUACAAGGAAAUUCAACCAGCCAGAAAGGUCAAGUGUCAGUUCAGAGAUCCAUUUCCUAGCAUUGGUGAUCUCGAUCUGAAGCAAGUGCUGAAAUCAACUUAUUUUUUCUCCUAACUAUUUCUACUGCAUGCAUGCAUGUGGACAGUCUGUCAUAACUAUAUCAGGUUUUCAUUACAAUAAUCUUUCUCAAUCUAUAUAGUUUCAAGUGCUUGUAUCAUUUCUUUAAUAUAGUGAGUAGCUAUAUUUAAUAUAACAAAAUAAUUACUGCAUGUGAACAAAUGCACAGAGGUUUUCUAACUAUGAAACCAUACAAACUGACAAGUGGUUGCCGUACAUGCAGCGGGAAAUUUUCGUGAAGUGCAAAAUUUCAGAGAAGAC